AUGACACCAGUGACACCGCUCGAUGAAGUAAUUGCAAAAGCCGAGUGCAUCAAAUUUGUUGCCGGUAAAUACAAGGGUAAACAAGGAUGGCUUGAUCACACGCGUACAGCUGAUGCAAGUACGACACCUGUCAUCGUCAACUUGCCUAAGAAAGGGGGGCUUUAUGGGACUUUUGUUCACACUGGCUCCUUCAGGAAGAUCUCAACUGACCAGCCAAUGACCUAUGCAGAGGCCGUAUUUCAAGUGCCUGCUAUUGAAGCAAGCAUUGUGGAGGCAAUGCGCAAGCUUGCCAAGUAUGAUAUCUCCAAAGACGAAGAAGAAUUCAAGAAGCAACUUGAUAAGGAGAUGAUGGCUGCCAAAGACUGGAUGGAGCAGAAAGGAGAUGACGCAGAUUGGCGACGCGUCAAGAGUUGGGAAGAAAGAAACGGAGCUGUUCAUUCUGCUUAG